UCAAGAAACGGUACAGCAGCAGCAGCACCACCACCACCAUUGCUGCCACUGCCCAAACAUGGCCACUUGCCACCACCACCACCACCACCUCAAGUUCCUUCCCAAGCGGAUUAUCCUCAUCCGCCAUGGUGAGUCUGAGGGCAACAUAGACACCGCCGCUUACACCACCACCCCUGACUACAAAAUCCCAUUAACCUCAUUGGGUCUUUCCCAGGCCCGUAUCGCUGGGUCUCACUUGCACAAUCUACUAUCCAAUCACGGCACCUGCACUACCAACUGGCGUGUCUAUUUCUACGUCUCUCCCUACCAGCGUACCCUGUCCACGCUCCGGGAGAUCGGACGGUCUUUUGAGAGGGAGAGGAUUAUUGGGGUUAGAGAGGAGUGUAGGAUCAGGGAGCAAGAUUUUGGGAAUUUUCAGAUCGAGGACAGGAUGAAAGUGAUUAAAGAGACCAGAGAGAGGUUUGGCAGGUUCUUUUAUCGGUUCCCUGAAGGAGAAUCUGCUGCUGACGUUUUCGAUCGUGUUUCAAGUUUUCUUGAAUCUCUCUGGAGGGAUAUAGAUAUGAACAGGCUUCACCAGGAGCCUUCACAUGACCUCAAUCUCACGAUUGUAUCGCAUGGAUUAACUUGUCGUGUAUUCCUCAUGAAGUGGUUCAAGUGGACAGUUGAACAAUUUGAGCACCUAAGUAAUCUUGAGAAUUGUGAGUUUCGAGUGAUGGAGUUGGGAGAUGGUGGGGACUACAGCUUAGCAAUUCAUCACACAGACGAAGAAAUGCAAGAAUGGGGAAUGUCCCCUGAAAUGAUUGCUGAUCAGAAGUGGAGAAUCCAUGCAAACAAGGGUGAUUGGAAUGGAAACUGUCCCUGGUACUUCGAUGCAUUUUUUGAUCAUCUAAAGACAGAUCCGGAUAAAGAAAAUGAUGAAGAAGUGGACGAUUCUUGAAGUACAUGUGAAUAGGCUACCCAGAAAUUAGAUGGGAAAUUCUUUGAUUCAAUCUGUACCAAUUCUGCUGAUCGUCUUGUGUUUAGUUGAUACAUAAUUAACAAAUACAUGGAAAACAUAGUUCUAAUCUACGCAAAUAGAGGCUACUGUUCAAGAUUAUUUAUAGGAAACAUCUACUGCUAAAUUUAUUUUUUUGGCUGUUCUCUGCAAAGUGUAAACACAAGCAAAUAGUUAUGCCAUUUGGUUUAUGUUAUUCUCUUAUUAAUGCUGUCUGUUUUA